UCUUAAGUGAUUCACGGAAUAUAGGAAGUGAUGUUGAAUUGGCAAUUACUUGUGUUACUGCAAGGAAUAUGACAUGAAACUGUUGUUAAGACGUUUACCUUCCUUUGUUACCUUAAGCGAUGAAGACCAAGAUACUGCAAUAUCCGAUCAAAUAACAACAAACCGCAUAUGUCAUUACAGUAAUACUAAUACCACGGUCUAGCUAGCUACCGCCAACUUAAGUCAGAUGUCAUGCUGUACAACGCCUAGCUCCUAGUUUACCAUUAUAAUUAUUUACACAGUAACAUUAGUUUUCCUUUGGAACACAGUUAGCCCAUAGAGAGAGACACUACAAAAUAGCUGGUUAUUUGGCCCGGAAUCAUAACAUUCAUGAUGGUGACGGAGGAGCGCUUUGCCUUCCUGGCCGAAUGGUACGACCCCAGCGCCUCCCUCGUGCGGCGUUACAAGCUGCUGUUCUACCCCCGAGACGGCUCUGUGGAGAUGUUUGAUGUGAAAAACCAGCGCACGUUUUUGAGACGGACGAAAUGCGAUGAUCUGAAGGAGGAGGACAUCUUCGUCGGCAACCGGGUGAACGUCUUCUCCCGCCAGCUCUCCCUGAUUGGCUACGGGGACCAGCACACCGCCAGCAAGCUGGGCAGCAAGAAAGAGAGAACUCUCGCUUUGAUAAAGCCAGAUGCAGUAACUAAGAUUGGUGACAUCAUCCAGAUGAUUCUCGAUGAAAACCUGAUGGUAACCAAAGCCAAGAUGACAAAGCUAUCAUGGACGCAGGCGGGCGACUUUUACUCCGAGCACCAGUCAAAGUCUUUCUUCAAUAACCUGAUACAGUUCGUGACCUCCGGCCCCGUCGUCGCCCUGGAGGUGAUGGGCGACGAGGCGGUGUCGACCUGGCGGAAGAUCCUGGGCCCGACGGACUCGGUGUCGGCCCGGGGGGACGCGUCCGGCAGCCUGCGGGCCCGGUUCGGCACGGACGGCACCAGGAACGCGGCCCACGGGUCCGACUCGCUGGCCUCGGCCGCCAGGGAGUUGGAGUUCUUCUUCCCCUCGACCACGGGCAACGGCCCGGCGAACACGGCCAAGUGCGAGGAGUGCACGUGUUGCAUCAUCAAGCCGCACGCCAUCUCCGAAGGCCUGACUGGGAAGAUCCUGACCUCCAUCACUCAAGCAGGGUUUCAGAUCUCAGCACUGCAGAUGUUCAGUCUGGAUCGAGCCACAGCCGAGGAGUUCCUGGAGGUUUACAAAGGAGUUGUGGAGGAAUACCUUAACAUGGUGUCUGAGCUCAGCUCAGGGCCCUGCAUGGCGCUGGAGAUCCGGGGAACCGAGACUUCAAGGACGUUUCGGGAAUACUGCGGACCUGCUGACCCUGAACUGGCCCGUCACCUCCGGCCGGACACCCUGCGCGCCCGCUUCGGCAGAAACAGGGUGCAGAACGGCGUCCACUGCUCCGACCUCCCGGAAGACAGCGUGCUGGAGGUGCAGUAUUUCUUCAAGAUAUUGGAUGGAUGAGUAUUUUGUGCAUAUAAAUUAAAUACCAAUGACAAAGCACUGUAGUUUCUCAAUUUUAUUUUUGUUUAAGUCUUACCCGGAUUAAAUAAAUGAUGAGUAGUUGAACUCCUGAUAAGUUUACUGAUGUUUAACAUUGACUUUUGCACUUUUAACACCAACAAAACAUCCUAUUACACAGGGCACUGCAUUGCUUUUGA